AUGGUUUCUCUAUCGACUUCAUACAAAUCACUACCUCCUUUUUCUUCAGCGACACUUGCCACAAGACCACGAUCAAAACACAACCCUAACAAUCUCAUCUUCUUUUCUCAAAAUAAACCUAACUCAAAACUCCAUUUUCCCAAAAGAUUAGUUGUUUCUUGCAAGAAACCAACCUUCACUGCCGAUGAUGUGCUGAGAGAAACAACCAAAACGGAGGAAAGCUACCGGAAACAACCUUUUUCAGAGGUUGUGAGAAAGAAGCGAUCAUUUUGGGAAAGGAGAUGGAACUAUUGGGAUGUGAGUAGAGCAAUAGGGAUACUUGGUGUUCAUCUUCUCAGCCUCUAUGCACCUUUUCACUUCAACUGGUCGGCUUUUCGAGUAGCGGUUGGUCUCAGUGUCAUUGCUGGAACCGGAAUCACGUUGUCCUAUCACAGGAAUCUAUCACACCGGAGUUUUGUUCUGCCUAAAUGGCUAGAAUAUUUCUUUGCUUGGUGUGGUACACUUGCUUUUCAGGGAGAUCCAAUAGAGUGGGUGAGCAAUCAUCGUUACCAUCACCAAUACAGUGAUACAGAUCGUGAUCCACAUACUCCUCGCCAUGGCUUUUGGUUUAGUUAUUUCCUAUGGAUCUUUGACACUGGUUCUAUUCUCCAAAAUUGUGGAGGGGACGAGAACGCAGCCGAUUUGGUGAGACAGCCUUUUUAUAGGUUUCUUCAAAGAACAUGGAUUUUGAACAACCUUGCACUUUCUCUUCUCCUUUACAUUGUUGGUGGCUUUCCUUUCCUCGUAUGGGGAGUGGGAGUUAGAGCUGUAUUCGUGUUACAUUCCACAUUUCUUAUGACGGCAGCCUCGCAUACAUGGGGAACGCAGCCAUGGAAAACUGGUGAUCUCUCGAAGAACACUUGGUGGCUGGCGAUAGGAACGCUAGGGGAGAGCUGGCAUAACAACCAUCAUGCAUUCGAGUUCUCAGCUAGACAUGGACUUGAGUGGUGGCAAAUUGACAUUACUUGGUACAUUGUUCGGUUUCUCCAAGCUCUUGGAUUGGCCACAAAUGUUAAGUUAGUUACCGAAGCUCACAAACAGAAAUUCAAUGGUGAUGGAUGA